AUGCCACUUCGUCUCGAUAUUAAACGUAAACUUUAUUCUCGCUCUGAGCGUGUAAAGAGUGUUGAUCUUCAUCCUAUCGAGCCAUGGGUUUUAUCUGCUUUAUACUCUGGUAGUUUAAUGAUUUGGAAUUAUGCAACUCAAUCACUUGUCAAGACACUCGAAGUUUCAUCACUUCCUGUACGAAAUGCGAAAUUUGUCGCUCGAAAACAAUGGAUAAUUACAAGUAGUGAUGAUAUGCAAAUACGUGUGUUCAACUACAAUACAAUGGAAAAACUUACGAGUUUUGAAGCCCAUAGUGACUACAUUCGUCAUAUUGAAGUUCAUCCAACCCUUCCAUGUUUUCUUACAUGUGCUGAUGAUAUGACAAUUAAACUUUGGGAUUGGGACAAGAAUUUUACUUGUUCACAUGUUUACGAAGGUCAUGGACAUUAUGUGAUGAUGGUGCAAUUCAAUCCAAAAGAUGCUCAUUCGUUUGCAAGCGCAUGUUUAGAUCGAACAGUACGAGUUUGGGGUCUUCAAUCAAGUCAUGCACAUUUUGUACUUGAAGGACAUGAACGUGGAGUUAAUUGUGUUGCUUACUAUCCAGGAGGAGAUAAACCAUAUUUACUAUCAGGUAGUGAUGAUCGUACUGUUAAAGUUUGGGACUAUCAGACAAAAGCGAUCGUUCAUACUUUAGAUGGACAUGGAAAUAAUCUCACGUCUGUAUUGUACCACCCACGAUUACCACUAAUAAUCUCAGCCAGUGAAGAUGGAGCUGUACGCAUGUGGCAUUCAACUACCUAUCGUGCAGAAACGACUUUAAAUUAUGGCAUGGAACGUAGUUGGUCACUUGCAGCGUUACCAUCGGCUAAUACUUUAGCAAUUGGGUACGAUGAAGGUACUAUUGUACUACGAUUAGGACAUGAUACACCUGUUGUAAGUAUGGAUAGUGGAGGAAGUGGAAAAGUGAUUUGGACAACAAAUAAUGAUGUUUAUACAGCUAGUGUCAAAGGAAUCGUGAGUGAAAUGGGAUUACAAGACGGUGAGAAGCUCCCUUUGGUUUCAAGAGACCUUGGUAGUUGUGAAGUGUACCCUCAAAAGGUACAACACAAUAGUAAUGGACGCUACGUCGUUGUGUGUGGAGACGGCGAGUACAUUAUUUACACGGCACAGCAGCUACGUAAUAAGGCAUUUGGUGCGGCACUUGACUUUUGUUGGUCACCAACGGGUACUGGCGAUUAUGUUGUUCGGAAAAGCAUUUCAGAUCUCACCCUUUUUCGUAAUUUUAAAGAGGUUAAGAGUGAGAAACCUCGUGUUGUAUCAGCUGAAGGAUUAUUUGGUGGUACUGGUGCAAUUGGUGUAAAAGGAAACGAUGCUAUUGCAAUGUUUGAUUGGGAAGAAUUACGUCUCAUUCGUAAGAUUGAUGUUGCCGUGAAAAAUGCUUUUUGGUCGGAAAAUGGCACUCUUGUCGUCCUAGCGUGUGAUUCGAGCUUCUAUGUACUGCGGUACAAUAAAGAAUUGGUGGCACAAGCAUUUGCUGCUGGUACAAACUCGGCUGAAGAUGGUGUUGAUGGUGCGUUUGAUCUGCUGCAUGAAAUCUCGGAGAAAGUUGGCACAGGCACGUGGGUUGGUGAUUGUUUCCUGUACACGAACUCUGGUGGAAGAUUGAAUUACUAUGUGGGUGGAGAAGUCAUGACUCUUGCUCAUUUAGAGCAGAAAAUGUACUUGUUAGGAUAUUUACCGCGUGAGAAUCUUGUCUUUUUAAUGGACAAGAUGAAAAACGUUGUGAGUUACACAGUGUCAUUGGUUAUGCUUGAGUAUCAAACUGCGGUAGUACGUCGUGACUUUGAAAGUGCAAAUGCCAUUUUACCAAAGAUUCCAGCUGAUCAAAUGGAUCACGUUGCUCGAUUUUUAGAGUCUCAGGGAUUUAAAGAAGAAGCAUUAGCUUUGAGUACUGAUCCCGAUCAAAAAUUUGACCUUGCUGUUCAACUAGCAAAGCUAGAUGUUGCACAUGAAAUUAUGCUCAAAGAGAUUGAUAAAGGAAAAGGAAAAGAUGUGGACAUUGAGACGCAGCACAAAUGGAAACAAUUGGGUGAUCUUGCUCUCAAUGAUUGUCAAUUGGCUCUUGCUGAAGAUUGUGCACUUCGAGCGGAUGAUUUCAGUUUAUUACUCAUUCUGUACACAAGUCGUGGCGACAAGACUGGUCUUGUGCAUUUAGCUGAGCUUGCAAAGGAGAAACGUCGUUACAAUAUUGCGUUUAUCUGCUGGCUACUACUUGGCAAGACAACGGAAUGUGUAGAGACAUUGAAAGAGACAAAACGAUUUCCUGAAGCUGCUUUCUUUGCACGCAGUUAUUGUCCUUCAAAAAUGCAACUUGUGAUGGAUAAAUGGCGUCAAGACUUGGCUGUAGUAAGUUCUCGUGCUGCUAAAGCAUUGGCUGAUCCUACACAUAAUGCCGAUUUGUUUGAGAAUCUACAAUUGUCGAUGCAAGCAGAAGCAAUUCUUCUUACACAAAAUGGCGGUGAAGAGACGAAUGCGCCAGCAUCGUCAUAUCUCGUAAAGAAGGAUUUACUGGAAAGUGGUAAUCUUCUCGAGCUAGUAUUGAGUGGCAAUCUUUCAACUGUCGAGACUACUAGUACUCUAUACGAUGAUUCGACGGUAAAUCCAGUAGCUGAAAUAGAAGCUACAGCUGCUCAAUUGAAAUACGAGCAAGUGAGAGCUGAGGAAAUAGCACAAGCUGAAGCGCAUGCACGUGCAGAGGAAGAAGCUCGUCAACUUGCAGAGAUGGAAGCGCACGCUCGUGCGAUGGAAGAACAUGCUGCACGUAUGCGUAGUGAAGCAGCAGCUAUUGCUCAAGCUGAGGAUGAAAUACAACAACAAGCUACAGCUGGCACGAGUAACUAUCACGAUGAUCCAUCUGGCUUUGGAUUCCCAUCUUCAUCAGCUUUAAACGAGUUCGGAUUUUCGAGUCAAGAUUCGCAUUCAUCUUUACCGAAUUUAGACUAUGGGAUGGCUAAUACUUUAGCUACUACGACGAUAGCGACGAAUGGGAAGACAGGUGAGUUAUUGGACUUUGAAGUGGAGAAUGCAGACAUUCAAUUUGAAGAAGAUGAUGAUGGUGAUUGGGGUGAGAUGUAG